AUGUAUCUCAUUUGUUUAUGGUGUGACGAUCUUCCUCUAGGAAAGUCAAAGAGUGAACUAUAUACAAACAUUAUUGAACUCCUGCUCUCAAGAACAGUUAGAAAAUUACACCUAGGACUAGAAAUAACGAGCGAAUCAUCCCAGAGUGAUAUCCCACAAUUCUGGAGUAAACACGUACAUUGUAAGAAAUAUUACGCGCUUCUAAAAGCUUUAGGACAAUUGGCAUUUGAAACAUUAUUCAGUAAACAACGUGAAAGCACGCUAGUAUUUAGUCAGUCAGUCACUGAAAGGUUUUUAAACAAAGACGAUUUGAAGUUAGAUCUAUGUCUUCUCUCAGGAAUAUUAACAAAAAGUAAGGAAGUGAAAUUAACCAGUGAAAGUUAUAAAGUUUCGUUUUCCCACAAAACAGUACAGGAAUAUUUCUGUGCACUGUACAUUUGCUGCCAAAGUGAAAUUGAUGUCGAAAAAUUUGUGUUACAUAGAUUCAAGAGUGUACAAAAUAUUCUUGAUAUGUCGACAGUGUUUAUUUUUAUCAGUGGAAUGAAUGCAGAAAUCAUGUCUUCGAUAUCACGCGAAUUAAUGUCUGUAAUCAGUGAAGAUCAAAUAACGAGAACAUACAGAUCAAUGACAUACUACGAUUCCAGGUACGUUAAUCCUCUGAAAGACAUACAAAACAUGUACAUUUCUUGUUUGAAAGAAAACACGGACAACACUUCUCUUUGUUUCCAGGAUUUUAUCAUCGAUAAAGAAUGUCAACAAGAAAAUCACUUCUUGAAUUUAAAACAGCUGGUGAUACACAAUAAAAGUAAUAUUAUGUCAUUAAGUAUCAAAAUAGAAGGCAUUCGUUGUUUACGUGAACUUAUCGAUCAGUGUGAACUUGAUGACCUGCACAGUGUCAAGAAAAUAUACUACCGAGGAGAAUGUACUAAGGAAGCGGAAAUUAUUCGGUUGUUGACAAACAAGUCGUUGGAAUGUGUAACUGUUGUAUCAAGUACAUGGCAAGGUAAAUACUUUAUAGUCAAACGUAGUUCUUGUUCCAGUGAACUGUCUAAAACAUUUCAGAAUAUUUCUCAGUUACGAGCAAUUUAUAUCAAUUCUUUCAAGAUGGAGCACGAUGUGCUGAAGGAGUUUGUGAAUUAUAUUAUAAACAGAAAAUCAAUGGCGGAGAUUAGAUUGUACAGAUUACACUGUGUCACACACGAUAUUUCCUGCGGAGAAAUGAAUUUGGACUUUUCCCAGCAUUCAGAUCUAAGGACGUUAGGAUUGAGCGAUAUACCUGUGUCACAAUUAAAAGUGAAUGUAUCGUCGUUAGAGGAAUGUGCUGUUGGAUAUUUAUCUAAACUCGGUCUGUUCACGUUAUUGCUGAGAGAGCUGCCAGCAGCCAGUAAACUACACACAUUUAGGUGUAAUGCUCUAAAAUCUUCCGGUGACAUUGAAACAUUGUUGCAGACAUUACCAUUGUUAGUUCCAGUGAAAGAAGUUUGGUUGGUGGAUAUCAACGUAGGUGAAAGGUCACUGUCCCUUUCACCGGAAAUGGUGAAUCUACAGCUUGUUUUCUUGUCUAAGGUAACAAUGUCUGGUUCAUCAUUACGUAAUCUAGUUAAGGUAGUAGAGAAACUUCUACACUCAGUGACAGUAGAAAUGCUAGCUUGUAAUAUAACACCGGAAACAGAAUUUGCAGACGUUAAAAAAUAUAUAAAAACAUCGGAGAAUUUCGUGGUCACGUUUGAUGGAAUCACUCAGUACGGCAUGUACAAGUACGUGUUUUUGUUUCAAACAACUGAAGCUGGAAGUCGAGUACAUUAAGUUAACCAGGGAACUUGAACUGAUAGUUUAAAUAUUUUAUAAACAUUACUCAUUGAAUAUAUGUAACAUAAAACAUAACACAUUGACAUGACAUGACAUGUAUGUACAGAGUUAAAAAUAGCCGUGCUUGCGAGUGAAAUAGACACGAAAAUCAAUUCUAGGAAAAGGAGUUAAAAUAGUUGUGCAUAGAUCAUGAAGAGGAUGGGCGUUCUCAUAUCUGCAUGGAUUUAUAACACAAGAUUGCUGUGGAAUUGACCAAUCAAAAGAGACAAUGCUGACAGAGUUACAGGAACUGUUUAGUCGUAUGACAGCAGAUGAGACGACUUUAAUUAGCUCUAUGAUGCUCGUUAUACUCUUUUGAAGAGCAGUUGUGUGGACAGUCGUCACAGGAGAUGUGGGUUGUGUGAUUCUGGCUGUGGCUUCAUGGUGCACAGGAAAGACGACCACAGGUUGCGAUUAGUACCGAGAUUCUGCUGUACUAAAGAGCAAGGUUUACUACAAUGAUCCCUUUUCUACUGAAACUGUCCCAGGCGGCAGCGAUUGUAAAUUAGUACAUGGAUCUCUGUUCAACUUAACAGUAAUUCAGUUUAUACAGACAGUUGGUUCAUUUUGACUUUAGUACUGUAUCACACCUUUAUGAAUGUACUAACCUAUCUAGGCAAUCAGCUGUUACCACAAACUGGAUCCCAACUUCACUGAGAAAUAACUGAGCUUGGAGACCAGCUCCAUUGCCAUACUGUGUAAUGUUCAAAAGAAGGCUUUUCAGUACAACCAUAAUAAUCUUAUUCAAAAGUGAUAGACUUGCAGAGAAACUCUAUAAUAUUUAAGAACUUGAGAUUUAAAAACCAGUACAUGUAAAAUCGCCUGUAGUGAUUAGUGACAUCCAAAAAGAAAUUUUUAUGAUUUUAAAUUUGAGCCAAGGGUGGAAGCAGUCAGAUUUUUUAAGACAAUGUUAACAUGUGAGGCAUAUUUAAGCUCACGUCAGAACCAAGUGCACAGUGCGAGCUUAUUAUCACAAACAACCUGUAUCCGACGUCAUGUGUCAACUGUUAAAACUCCAGAGGUCUUAUACUGACAUUAUCAAAUUUAGACGAAAUGAUCUAGGUGUAAAAAAGUAGUUUUUUCCGCCGCUUCGUCAAUUUAUAUACUGCCUAAAUUGUGUUCACGACCAGGACUAAUAGUACCCAGAGAAGUCAGGUUUAGUAUAUACUGUACAUAGAAUAUCAUUUACAUAUUUUAUUUUGUACAUACACAGACAAGUAUCCUUUGAUAAACUGGUAUACUGUCUA